GAGCCGUGUGGAUCGCAAAUACACUGGCACUGCUGUCCCCAGGUCUCAUAAAAAAUAUCCACAAUACGAGACUGGAGUCUUCCGACAACACAACUUACCUUUAAGAGUUUCCACUAGAUCUUCCUGUACGUCCCGCACCACCGUCUUCAACUCACCACGCUCCAAAAACCGCCUUGAAGACGAUAUAUAUUUAGCGACAACACUACCCAUUAGUAAGAUACUUUACAGGUAGCUGGUCUUGCCCAGGCUAGCUGUAUCACUCCAGACUGGCUGGCUACUACGUUCCACCAAAACUUUCCUGAUUUCUAGCGGGAAAGAUAUCUUUCCCAUCGUUGAUGAGAUGGUUAGUGGAGGAGAAAUAGAAGAUAUAAAACACAAGGAGCUGGAGAAUGGUGCCAUGGAGGGAGGGGCUGGUAGUAAGUCCCAAGGCAGCAGAACGGACGACGACCUGAUCAUAGAUGACACCGAGGGUGGUACUGACGAGGCUAAGGAGAUGGAGAAGUUGCUGCGGUGGGCGGAUGCUGAGGGAGCCUACGAACGGUUACUGGUGUGGGCGUUUGUGGCACCCGUGUGCCUGCUGGCACCUUGUGCUUACCUCAACAUACUGUUGAUGGUGUACUUGCCUCCACAUACUUGCUCCCUGCCCCAGCCUCCCCACGCUCUCUCACACGAUACCUGGGUCAACCUCACCAUUCCUAGGGAUGACUCUGGUAAUCUAAAGUCGUGCGUUAUCUACGACUUUGCUGCGGCCCUGAACAACACUUCAAGUCUCAGCCUCCACUACACCCGCACUUUCAACGACAAUAUUCUCGUUUUCAACACUAGUGCCUUCAACGACGACAUCCCCUCUUUCAACAGCACCACCGCCUUUAACGACUACACCCGCGACAGGGAGAGGUACCUGGAGGCGGCGCUGGUGUGGUACCAUCGACAUCAACACACCAUCCCCACCAACUUCACAACAGAGUGCGUGUUCGGCUACGACUUCGAACGCACUUACUUCCAGGAGACAGCUUCCACGCAGUUUGAAUGGGCGUGUGGGAGGUCUACGGGCGUGCAGAAUAUUCUUCGCGCCUCCAUGCUGGGCAACCUCUUCGGCUGUGUCAUCUACGGUGCUUUGGCGGACAGGGUUGGUCGACGUCGAGUGUUCAUCCUGCUGGCGGUGAAGGUGGCGGUGCAGGGGUCGGCUUACGUCUUCAUCAGAGAGAUGUGGGUGAUGUUGGCAGUACGCUUCCUGGUCUCCAUGGGUCUGCCUGUCAUCUACCAGAUUGUCAUUAUCUCAGCCCUGGAACAGGUACGGGACGAACGUCGGGGGUUCGUCACCUCCCUCUCCUCCAUCUUUUUUCUCGGUGGGUCAGUGCCUGCUGGCCCCUCUGGCCUGCUGACGGGGCACUGGGCAACCUUAGGUCUAAAUCACCAGCCUCCCAGCCUCCUCGCUCUGGUCUACGGGCAGGCGUGUGCAGGUGCCGUGAACAGCAGGCCAGACACCGUACAGUGGAGCUGUGGUCCAGUGUCUGUCUUCAAGCUGGUGUCCCAGUAUCCACGUCUCGUCUCCGGUACAGCCCUCGUCACCGUCUGCUGGACUGUGAACCUCAUCCUGUACUUCAGCACCACCAUGAAGUACCCCUACGUGGUGGAGAACCCAUUCCUGGGGUGGCUGUGUACCUCAGCCAUGGAGAUUCCUGCUAACGUGUUGGUGUUGUUGUUGCUGCCUCGCCUGGGCAGGACUACACUACACGUCUCCAUCAUGGCCCUCUGCACCGCUGCACUCCUCUGCAGUGUGACCUGUAGUGUUGACUUAGUGUGUGUGAUUACAGGUUAUGGUGAGCGUCACGGGGCUGUAGCGGCACUGGUGUUGAUAGCCAAGUUCUGCUCCUCCAUGACUUUCUUAGUGACGUACCUGCAGGCGGCUGAGCUUCACCCCACACCUGUCAGGACCUGUGCCACGGGCCUCGCCUCUCUCGUCGCUCUCACCUGCAACACCUUCAGCCCCUCUAUUAUCUUCAGCAUGACUCGUCCGUGGCACACCCACCUCAUGUUGGGAUGUUUGGGCUGCCUGGGGGUGAUCUCGGCCGCCCUCCUGCCCGAAACCUCUGGAAGACCCCUGCCACAGACACUGGAGGACGCGGAGAACCUCUACAGGAGAAUUCCAACGUUCCACAGGAGCAGUGGGAAAAAGGGAGAGUCCUGCGGCGAAGAGCCCACCGGUGCCGUCUUGACAGCAAUCUGCAAGACCUCCGCCCCUCCGUCACCAGAUGUGAACGCUAUUAUCAAAGCCCUGGCUCAAGAUCGAGUUACAGAGACUGUUCUCUGAUGACUUCCAACGUCAUCCAGUCGCAGCGGGAGAACAUUGGUUACCUGGAGUUUACCUGGAGAGGGUUUCGGGGGAAUAAUUUCCGCAGGCGCAGCACACGGUGUACCUUUGAUAUACCUUUGACCGGUUUCGAGAGUUCUUCCUACUCCCACAGCCCGGUCCUCGACCAGUUUUGUCUGGUGCUUGCCUGGUUAAUCAGGUUCUUGCUGCUGAUUGCUCACUGGCUCACAUAUUCAUCACAGCCUGGUUGAUACGGCACUUGGAGUAUGUAAUUGUCCAGUUUCCUCUUGAAGACUUUUACACUUAUUCCAGCAAUGUUUCUUAUAUUCUGUUGUAGUGCUAAACUAUCUGGGACCAUGGAUAGUGAUACAAUAUUUUCUUAUACUGCCCACGUCGCCCAGUAUUUUUAAAUGCUUUAUUUGUGCUAUGUGGACCGUAAAUGAUCUCUAUCUAUUCCAUCUCUGAUCUCUUCUGCGUUGAAAGGUGCAGUCAACACUGAACAAUACUCUGAGCCAGAGAGCACAGGUAAUUUGAAAAACGUCUCCAUUUACACCAUUUCCCUUGUGUUGAAAAUUGUUAUUAUCCACCUUGUCAUUUUGUCUGACUUUCGUGAUAUUUACCUUAUUGUGUUCUUUGAAAGAAGGGUUACCUAUUACACCUAGGUCUUUCAGAUUUCUUUUUUCCAUCUAUUUGGUGAUCUUGCAUUUUGUAUACCAUGUCCAUUUUGAGUUCUUACUCGUUUCAUUCUCUAAGCAAUUGGAACUUUUCCCUAUUGACAUCAUAUUAUUCCCCUGCCCACUGGAAGAUUUUGUUUAUAUCUCGCAUUUUUAGUGUGUUCCGCGAAUGAUAAGAAACUGUGGUUAGUGUUUUUAUUUCUGCUAUAAAGAUAAGAAACAGUAAAGACGCCAGGACCGUGCCUGGGGUAUUAAGCUGUUUGCUAAUGACAGAUUUUGCCCUGUUUAUUAUUGCUGUGUUCUAUUUGUCAGUUAAAAAAUCCUUUGCCUACUUUCCCCAUCAUACCUGUCGCCCUCAAAUUAUGUGCACUCACUCAAUGAUUGCAUUUGUCAAAUGUCUUUGCAAAUCCGUGUAUACCCAAUCUACGUUUUGAUUUUCUUCCAAAGCCUCCGUAAUCCUGUCAUAUUGGUUUAGUAAUUGUGGCAUGCAUGAUCUUUCCACUCUAAAUCCAAGCUGGUAUGGGUUGUGCUGUUCCAUGAAAUUUUUAAUUUGACGUCUCAUCACCCUUGCAAAGUCUAAUGAUGCGCGACGUUAGGGUUACAGGUCUGUAAUUUAGUUGGCGCUCUGUUGCAAAGGAUCUAAUUCUUCACUCUAAGAUCUCUGAUAUUUCUCCUAAAUCAAAGUGUCAUGCUAGUGGUAUUUUGCACUUUAUAAAUAAUGAAUUCCACAACUCAGGUUCAGGUGUGCAUCAGUGGGCAUGUUUUCUAUUUAUUUUUCAGAUUUUACAUUCUCCAUCUUGCUUUCGUUAAAUAGAUUAUUGAACACUAAUUCAUAUUGGCCCAUUAGAAUUUCUCUCAUUUCAUUUUCACUGUUAGUGUAUGAACUUCCUGUGAUUAAUGGUUCACUUUUACUAGUAGUUCUUAAUCUGGAUUUUGCAUAUGUGUAGAUUUUUUUUUUUCAGCUUAAGUUUUUGUUGUGUCUCGGUGAUGUCUUGGUUGGUAUUGUCAUUAAUCCUUCGUGACAGUCCUGUUUUUAAGCAGUUCAAUAACCUCUUUUCUUCAGUACAUUCUCCAUUUUUUUCUUCUAUAUUUGAUCUUUGGGAUUUUCGUAAUAUAAAUAUUUAAUGCAUAUUUUGUAAGCUUCUGUAUUCCGCUUUUUCAGGCACUGGUGAGGGUUUAGAGCACUCUUGACUGUUUCCCAGGGUAUGUCUGAAAGUUCUUGGUUAAUUUCGUCCCUAAUUUUCCCUGAUUGGUUUAUACUGCUGAUAGAUCUUUGAUGUAUUUAAUUACUAAACAUCCAUUUUCUUUUACUAUUUCUGGAGUUUUCCACUCCUGAAUAUAUACUCGUUUAUAUUUUAUGUUGUCAUCAUUGCAUAUUGUGUUUGUGAUGGUUAUGUCUGAUUAGCUCCUCGUUGUUCGUGAAAAUCAUCUCCAGUGUAUUUUCAUAUCUGGUGGAUUCUCUUAUCUGUUGGCUGAAAGCAAAUUUUUCACAAAGUCCCAUUAGUUGAGACGGCUUGACUUGUAUGACCUGAACUUUGGUAAGAUGGGGAAGGAAGAAGGAUGGGUGAGGAUGGGAAUAUGGGAAAAGUGUUGGUGGGGUUGUGGAGUUGGGGUAAUAAAGGUAACUGACCCAGCCACUUUGGUGCAGUUUACUACACAUUUGCGUGUGCGGUGUUAUUAAAGAAAUCUGUUUCAUUGAAUGGUGUAUAACACUUGCCCAUCAGUUUCACACAGUUAUAACAAAUGUAAAACUGUAUGAUACUAAGUUAGCAGGGGGUAUUCUUUUUGCAAUUGCUUUUUUUUUUUUUUUGCUACUGUGGGGCAUAGGCUGGAAAUGGGAUAGAAAGGCGUUUGAUGUUGGUUGAUUGCUACCCGGAGAUACUGGCCGGCUCAGCUGUUUCAGAGGUGUUGUCCUGCCGUAAUAGGUUUGCAGUUGAUACAUGGUUAGAUGUAAUAGUUAAUAAGGUAAAAGGGAAGUCUCCAUAAAUUGGGGGUAGUUUUGUCCUUAUUGGACAUAAAAGGGUUCCGGUGUUACCCAUUCAUCUAUAUCUUCUAGGAGGUCACUCAGGAUCAUUAGUCUCUGGAAAUUAUCCUGGAUGAAUCGUCACACUCUCUGUUGAAGGGUCAUUCUUUGAGUUCUGUGGGAAGGUAUAUUGAUGAUGUAGUUAGUUUAAUAUGUUUAUUAUGCACCCCAUACCCAUCCUGUGGGCGGUAGUCAAAAGAUUACAAAGGUACAUAACGGGUCCAGGGACUGGACCCCAAAGUUAUGAUAACUGAACUAGUUACAAAGGUAAUGAACUCCAGGUAGAUCUGGUCACAAUCAUGGCAAGUUACAAAGGUAAUUAAUCAUCCUCACUCCUAUACAUGGUUAAUUACAAAGUAAUGAGCCAGUGACAUGUCCACACCUGGUCACAAUUGUAAUGAGUUAUAAAUACAAAUAUUAAGUGGGUCAUACACCCACACGAGCACACACACACACACGAGCACGCACACACAUACACACACGAGUGCGCACGCACAGACAGACACCUGUACACCGUGUACGUUAGGCCCAUAUUGGAGUAUGCGGCACCAGUUUGGAACCCACACCUAGCCAAGCACGUAAAGAAACUAGAGAAAGUGCAAAGGUUUGCAACAAGACUAGUCCCAGAGCUAAGAGGUAUGUCCUACGAGGAGAGGUUAAGGGAAAUCAACUUGACGACACUGGAGGACAGGAGAGAUAGGGGGAACAUGAUAACGACAUACAAAAUACUGAGAGGAAUUGACAAGGUGGACAAAGACAGGAUGUUCCAGAGAUUGGACACAGUAACAAGGGGACACAGUUGGAAGUUGAAGACGCAGAUGAAUCAGGGAUGUUAGGAAGUAUUUCUUCAGCCACAGAGUAGUCAGUAAGUGGAAUAAUUUGGGAAGCGAUGUAGUGGAGGCAGGAUCCAUACAUAGCUUUAAGCAGAGGUAUGAUAAAGCUCACGGCUCAGGGAGAGUGACCUAGUAGCGAUCAGUGAAGAGGCGGGGCCAGAAGCUCGGACUCGAACCCCGCAACCUCAACUAGGUGAGUACGUGCACACGAGCAUACAAACAUAUGCACACACACAAGCAUGCUCACACGCGCCACACACACACACACACACACACACACACCGUGUGUCCUUAGAGAAGGAGCAGAGAUGCUGUGCGUGCCCCUAACCACAAUCUUCAACACAUCCCUUGAAACUGGGCAACUACCUGAGGAAUGGACGACAGCAAAUGUAGUCCCCAUAUUUAAGAAAGGAAACAGAAACGAAGCACUAAACUACAGACCUGUGUCUCUCACAUGUACUGUGUGCAAAGUCAUGGAGAAGAUUAUCAGGAGAGUGGUGGAACACCUGGAACGGAACAAGAUUAUAAAUGAAAACCAGCAUGGUUCAUGGAAGGCAAAUCCUGUGCCACAAACCUUCUAGAGUUUUAUGACAAGGUAACAGAAGUAAGACACGAGAGAGAGAGGUGGGUUGAUUGCAUUUUCCUGGACUGCAGGAAGUUCUUUGACAUAGUUCCUCACAAGAGAUUAGUGCAGAAGCUGGAGGAUCAGGCGCAUAUAACAGGGAGGGCACUGCAAUGGAUCAGGGAAUACCUGACAGGGAGGCAACAACGAGUCAUGGUACGUGAAGAGGUAUCGCAGUGGGCACCUGUGAUGAGACGGGUCCCACAGGGGUCAUUUCUAGGACCAGUGCUAUUUUUGAUAUAUGCCACCGGUGGCCUGGUGGCUAAAGCUCCCACUUCACACACGGAGGGCCCGGGUUCGAUUCCCGGCGGGUGGAAACAUUUCGACACGUUUCCUUACACCUAUUGUCCUGUUCACCUAGCAGCAAAUAGGUUCCUGAGUGUUAGUCGACUGGUGUGGGUCGGAUCCUGGGGGACAAGAUUGAGGACCCCAAUGGAAAUAAGUUAGACAGUCCUCGAUGACACACUAACUUUCUUGGGUUAUCCUGGGUGGCUAACCCUCCGGGGUUAAAAAUCCGAACGAAAUCUUAUCUUAUCUUAUCUUAUCUUAGACUCUGGAAUGUCCCUAUCCGCAGAUGAUGUGAAGCUGAUGAGAAGAAUUAAAUCGGAUGAGGAUGAGGCAGGACUGCGAAGAGACCUGGACAGGCUGGACAUGUGGUCCAGAAACUGGCUUCUCGAAUUCAACCCUGCCAAAUGCAAAGUCAUGAAGAUUGGGGAGGGGCAAAGAAGACCGCAGACAGAGUAUAGGCUAGGUGGACAAAGACUACAGACCUCACUCAGGGAGAAAGAUCUUGGGGUGACCAUAACACCGAGCACGUCACCGGAGGCACACAUCAACCAAAUAACUGCUGCAGCAUCCGGGCGCCAGGCAAACCUGAGAAUAGCGUUCCGAUACCUUAAUAAGGAAUUGUUCAAGACACUGUACUCUGUGUAUGUUAGGCCCAUACUGAAGUAUGCAGCACCAGUCUGGAACACACACCUGGUCAAGCACGUCAAGAAGUUAGAGAAAGUACAAAGGUUUGCAACAAGGCUAGUUCCAGAGCUCAGGGGAAUGUCGUACGAGGAAAGGUUGAGGGAAAUCGGACUGACGACACUGGAGGACAGAAGGGUCAGGGGAGACAUGAUAACGACAUACAAGAUACUGCGGGGAAUAGACAAGGUGGACAGAGACAGGAUGUUCCAGAGAGGGGACACAGAAACAAGGGGUCACAAUUGGAAACUGAAGACUCAGACGAGUCACAGGGACGUUAGGAAGUAUUCCUUCAUUCAUAGAGUCGUCAGGAAGUGGAAUAGCCUAGCAAGUGAAGUAGUGGAGGCAGGAACCAUACAUAAUUUUAAGAAGUAUGACAAAGCUCAGGAAGCAGAGAGGGAGAGGACCUAGUAGCGAUCAGUGAAGAGGCGGGGCCAGGAGCUGAGUCUCAACCCCUGCAACCACAAUUAGGUGAGUACAAUUAGGUGAGUACAUACACACACACACACACACACACACACACACACAAGCACACACACAUAGCAGCAGCAGCGAGUCAUGGUACGUGGCGAGGUGUCAGAGUGGGCACCUGUGACGAGUGGGGUCCCACAGGGGUCAGGCCUAGGACCAGUGCUGUUUCUGGUAUUUGUGAACGACAUGACGGAAGGAAUAGACUCCGAAGUGUCCCUGUUAGCAGAUGAUUUGAAGUUGAUAAGAAGAAUUCAUUCGGACGAAGACCAGGCAGAACUACAAAGGGAUCUGGACAGGCUGCAGACCAGGUCCAGCAACUGGCUCAUGGGAUUCAACUCCAUCAAGUGCAAAGUCAUGAGGAUUGGAGAAGGGCAAAGAAGACCGCAGACAGAGUACAGACUAGGAGGCCAAAAACUACAAACCUUGCUCAAGGAAAAAGAUCUUUCUUUCAACACACCGGCCGUAUCCCACAGAGGUGGGGUGGCCCCAAAAGGAAAAACGAAAGUUUCUCCUUUCAAAUUUAGUAAUAUAUACAGGAGAAGGGGUUACCAGUCCCUUGCUCCCGGCAUUUCAGUCGCCUCUUACGACACGCAUGGCUUACGGAGGAAGAAUUCUGUUCCACUUCCGCAUGGAGAUAAGAGGAAAUAAACAAGAGCAAGAACUAGAAAGAAAAUAGCAGAAAACCCA